UCGGAACUUGUUUCGGUAGAUCAGUAUCAAUGCUGUCGUGUGGGAGGAUCCCAUUGUUGCCAGCCCUCAGUUUUCUUAUUUGCAACGCUGGUUGCGGAAUCUUGAAGCCAUCUGCAUCCGAUCUGGUUCUAUUUGUGCUUGGGGUGGCACAUCUUGUGCGGCUCUGUAAGUGCCCCUUUAGUGGAUUGGUCAUUCAGAGAGGUGUGAUCAGAAGUUGGGUAACCCAACAACUUAAACUUGAAGGAUUCUUGAGAGGUGUCUGAAGUGUUGAUGGGGGUUUAGAGCGUGAGAGGAGAGGACGAUCACGUUUGAUGCGAUCCAGGAACUUUGUUUCCUAAAGAGUUCUUAGUUUUUUGUGUUUUGGAAUUUGCGAGAGCGCAAUUUGAGCCGCUUGACUGAUUUAAGGUGACGCGAAUCCGUAGAUGUACAUGGGAGGUGAAGGAUUUGAAGUGUUCACCGAGGUAUUGAAAUGCAGCCUCUGAACUAGUGGGGCAAGCCACCCUACGGAGAUGAAGUGGGCAUCUGGUAGCCACAGUAAAUACGGCCUGAACCCUCAAGUGACAGACAAGGACUUUAUUUCUAUUCUCAUAUUUCCGGAUUGUCUUUGAUUGUGGAGUUUGCUCUGCCCGCCAGACCUGGAGGGGCAAGUGCCCACACACGGUCUUGGGUUCAGCAAGCUGGAAUUUCAACUAAUUUGUAGCUAGAUCAAAAUUAUGGAGUGUUCUCAAGCUUGAGAUUUAGGCUGUAGUAACGGACAGACAGGCGCCCCACACUCACUCUGAGAAAAUGUCGCUCUCAGCCUCUACUCACCUGAGGGAAGCAUGUACACAAAUACUAAUGGGUGCGCAAGGAGGAAGUAAGGAUCGCAAAGGGAAGAGAAAUAUGGUGAUUGGGGUUGGAUGUCGAUUUGAAAUGAAGGGCGAUGCGAAAGUUGAUGAAAAGGUGUGCAUGAUGAGUGAUAAAAAAACUGUCGUGCCACUGCCGGCAAGGAAUGUUGGUGGACCUGCAGAAGCAGCUCGCUGCGCCUUCAAUGAUGCCAUGCUGGUGCGUGCUACUGUGCAGAAUAUUGAUGAGCGAGCGCGCAGUGACUUUCAUCUAUUAUCCAGGCAAAUAUUGCGUCUGGAUAGGAGAGUUCGUGAGGAUGUUGCACUUCUGGGAUCAGGUUUCUUGAAGCUUGACGCUCGUGCACGGGAGGAUGUGGUGAAGUUGGACACUAAUGCGCGCCAGAAGAUGAUGCGUCUUCGUCAUAUUGCUUUGGGCUUGACGGAGAGUGCAUCUAUGGAGCUGAGCAAUGCAGCGGAAGAACAUUGGAGUGAUGGGGCUUUGGAUGCGGAUCUGCGCUUGGUAGAUCUACGAGCUCGUCGACGAGCUAUGGAAGACCUCUAUGCUGCCUUGGAAGUAGUCAAGAAUGUUCGAGAUGCCCUGGUCAACACUUUGAGAAUUUGCAGGUCGAACAAGCCUGCACAGGUGGAUGUUGGAAAGGUUGGCGUGAGUGAGGGUGCAGCAGACGAUAGUCAAGAUUUUAGGAGCUAUUUGCGAAAAAGUAAUCCAAUGCCAGAUCGAUUGACAGCAAUUCAGGAUGCAUGCUUGAAGAUGGCGUCGGCGUUGGUGGAGGCAGAGGGUAUGGAGUGUACCGACCCGGAUGAGUUAGAAUUCAUUGUAGCUGCCCUGCUGGACAUGGAGGAGGUUGAUGGUGGAAGUGGCGCGUUGUUAGUGACCGAGAGCGCGAGCUCUCCUGAUGUUGCGACUCGUCUUGCGUUGGCUGGUGCAUUAGCUGAUGCGCCAUCUCUAUGGACGCUUGGGAAUGCUGGGAUGGGUGCACUUCAGAGAUUAUCAACGGAUUCAAAUCCGGAAGUGGCGGCAGCUGCGACCAAAGCUAUCAAUGAGCUGAAGUCGCAGUGGAGACAACCGGAUCACUUAACUUUUCCCUACAGCCAGUAAGAUGAUCAACCACGAAGUGAGUAGAGAAUUGGCAAAACCAACCCAAACCUAAGCAAUGCCCUCCUAGUUUAAAUUGGUAACUUAGACACAUCUGAUCAGUUACAGAAUGAGAUGUAUAGGAGCCAUUUUGCCCCCAUUUGGGUUGCAUUGAUUUCAGCAAUGUCGGUAUGUACAUAAUUACCAGGGCUUGGUCUCCAGUCGUCCCCACCAGGCAUUUGCCGAAAGCCUGCAAUGGGGACCUGCAAACCUUCUGUCUGUAUAUAUUAGGAGAUGCUCAACACAAAACAGAGCUUGUGUGUUGCAUGUCAGUAACUCCAUGUUUUUCUUUUCAUCGACUUGGAAGGUUGCGGAAGCUAGAUAUGAAACUUGGGAGCUUAUGCUCGUAAUUAGCGACAGUUAUCUGCAUAGACCAUGUGUGCCACUAUCAUUUGGCAGCUCUUCAUUUAGAACCUAACUGAAUGCUUUACGGCAACGCUGCUCUCCGUAUUGAAUAUGCACCACCUUGAGGGUUCCUUCCA